ACCACAAGGCCAACAAGCGGAGCAACAACCGAUCCCAGCACACGGCCCAGCCGGUCCCGGGGAACGCCAGCCAGCCUGGUGGAAUAUGGAGCGUGACCUGGAUGCAGGUCUCAAGGAGCUGCAGCGCAUCGUUGACCUCUUGACCCCUCCACCCUCCAACGUGGACACUCAUUUCCUCGUGGCACAGCCACUUCUACCGGCUCUGCCACCUGCCGAGGACGAACCCGCUGCCGAGCAACCGGUUCAACCACCACCACCCCCAGCACAGCAGCUGCCGCCCCCUCCCCAGCUCAUAGGCGGGGGCUUCGAUGAGCUGCCAGUGGGCGUGGCAGCCAGUUCGAGGAACGCCACCCAUCGCAUCUACAACCCGAUCAUAAAUCCCAUUCCAAUUCCGCAGCAGCCGCAGGCGCCGGCUCAGGGCCAGGAACUGGUGCCGCACGUGUCUCUGGAGACGGCAUCCGACGAGGAGGAAGAGGAGCAGUGGGCUCUCACGGCUGUGGAAACGGAGACGCGUCUCGAGGCCAGCAAGUUCUUCAACCUGAUGCUGGCCAAGCUCCUGAGACGCCGCAAGGCUGAAGUCUUUGAUCUUCACACCCUGGUGCGACGCUACCAGGAUUAUGCCCUCCGGACGCACACUGAGCUGGUCUCCCGAAACCAGGUCUGCCACACUGAACAGAAACGGACCGAGCACCUCACCGUUCAACUGAUGGGUGCUCUUAACCGGGUCCGUGUCUACAUGGACAACUGCACCUCAAUCGGCAACGAGCUUAAGGCACUCAAGAAGCGCGAGAGGGUCCUCCGCAAGGACCUCAGUGCCAAGACGACGGAGUGCGAAUACUUUUCCGAGAUGCUGGACAACUGCCGAACGGAGAUGUUCCGCGAAUUGGCCAGAUACCGGGAGGGGGCCAGCGAGCUGGCCAACCAGCAGCGUCGCGCCUUCGAGCUGGAGCGCCUAAAUGCCCAACUGGAGGAUGAACUGCUAACCAUCAAGGAUCGAUUCCUGCAGCAGAACGAUCAAAUGUCCGUGGCCCUGGGCGCCAAACAGGAGCAACUAGAUACGGCCUAUGAAACAUUGAAACAUUGCGAGCAGGAGUUGGCCAACUUGGAAUUGAAACACAACGAAGUGCUCCGCCUCAACGAGAUCGAUGCGGAACUGCAGGCAGAGAUCACGGAACUGAAGCGUAACAUGGGACUGUCCCGCUAUUUGCUAUUCUACCUGUCCGCCCGCAACUGGGGCUCCUUCCACGUGUGCAUGUACCACGUGGUGGCCGGAUCCAUGGACUGUUUAGUACCCGCCUUCACUGCCCCGCCCAUGACCGACAAUUUGGUGCGAUUGGCGUUCGCUGUUGUUUUCCUGUUGGCCGCCAUGUAUUGAUGAUGCCCGACAACAACAAAAACAUCAACCAAAACAAAAACAAACAAAAAUCUGAUGUCAGGAUACAAAAAAGCUGGGCGGUAACAACAAUAACAACAACAACAAGGAUAACAACAAGGACGAUGACGUGCAUAUGUGGGCAUGAAGAGCGAUAUAUAUAGUUCAUUUCGGGUAGAAUAUUUUUGGGCGAUAUUUGGGCGGUGCUUGGGGUUUGUGAGAUUUCCGUAAAGCUCGACAGUAAAUUUUUGUCGCUUUUCGUUAUUUUCUUUGUCACUGGAAUUGCCAGAAAAAUCUCCCCUAGCUUCAAAUUAUAAAGAUUAAAUUAACAAAAAAAAAAGUAAUAAAGACAAAACUAUUCAACAAUU